UUCGCUGCUAAAAACUCGAAAUCGCCGAAUCUGCAUUUUGGUAAAUUCUGGUCGAAUGUCACAAUUUCAUUGAAUAAUUUACGUAGCGCUGCAAUUUUGCUGCUGGUUGAACAGGAAUCAAGAACUUGGUUGAUCAGUUUUCAGUUUUGCUGAAUUGUUUUCAGAAGCGAGUGAAGAUUUUGGGAUGUUUUUCUUGUUUGGCUUGUAUUAAAUGACCAAUUGUUCACGACUAUGUUGUUAGUUUUGCCAAUUAUCUUAAUUUUUUUAUUGCGAUAAGCUAAAAUUUGACUAUGCUCACUUUCAUCUUUUGUUUGCACUCUGACCUGAACGAUUACGUUUUCGGCACAUUUUUAGCUGUAAAAUUACGAACAAGUUUCUUUUCUAAUUGGCAGAUGUUGGUGAAGAUCGUGAGAAAUUAAAGGUAUUAGCAUUGAAAACUUGGGUUGUAGGUCAGCGCGUUGUAAUUACUGAAACUAAGGGAGAACGAAAAGAGUUUUACAGAACUCUGAUUCAAGUUAAUUAUCUUUGGUGAAAGUAAAAAUAACUUUUGUCGUUCUCUUUCCGCGGUCAAUUUUUUUUUACAAGUGAAACAAAAUGAUCUGUUUUAUCAAAUGUAUCAAAACAAAAUUCGUUUCCGUUUGUUUCAGAGUUACGAUUGAGGUAAUCCGUAUGAGUUUUUGCCGAAGCUCUCACUCGCGCUUGAUCCUUCUGGCCGAAAAUUUUCAAAACAUAUGGAGCAAUAUUGGACUCCAACUUGUAUUUUUCUGAUUUGUUCAUGUUAUUUAUGUUACAAUGACGCAUGAGUUUUAUCCUGCAUGCGUUAUUGGUUGUUAAUUGUCAAAAAUCAAUUAAAAUUUUUUAAUAGAUUAAUCAACUUUGUUUCUCUACUCGCAACGUUAAAAAGUUCGAUUCGCUUUCAACGCAUACUACCUCAUAUUUUCCUUUAUCAAACAAAUUCAAGUCCUCUCUGAGUUUCGGAGCCAAUUUUAUUGUUAUAAAUUAGAAAACAACGUCACCUUUCUGUUUUAUUGAUGAUUGUCUAUCAAAUCUAAACAUCACAUGUUUUUUGGUUCUAAAUCCUACAAAUUAAAUUAUUUUUUUUUGUAAGUCAUAUUUCCGAAAUUCUGAAACCGUAUUCUAACCCAUUUCCUUCAAAAAUUCACCUGCAUGCGUUGACGAAUAAUUGAAACCGGUCGCCGUUUUUUCGAGAUUUCGAAAAACGUUUUCGAAAUAAAGUCAAAUUGCAAUUAGUUGUGACUAGUUCUAUCGAAUGUGCUUUGUCUAAUCAUGACAAUCGUUUAGCCAUCAUUUCUCUUAGUUUUUCAGGUCAUGAAGUGCUUGAAGUUGGUAUCUAGUAGUCAAAAUAAAGUCAAGGAAAUUCGGUACAAUCUCAGAAACACGGAUAUCGAAAUUGAAGCUGUUGAUAUUGAUCUUCCGGAAUAUCAAGCAGGAAUGAUUAGACGGCCAUUAAAAUCUAAUCAUUCCAGCGCUUCAACAGAAUCUCCCGAAGAAGUAGCGCGCCUUAAAACCUUAGAGGCAGUUAAAACCUUGAACUCGGGUCCUGUAAUAAUCGAAGAUACCAGUCUGUGUUUCAACGCAUUGAAUGGACUCCCUGGUGUUUAUAUCAAAUGGUUUCUGAAAAAGUUGGGACCUGAAGGCCUGUUUAAACUACUGGGUGCUUAUGAUGACAAAAGUGCAGUAGCUCAAACUAUUUUUGGAUACUGUGAAGGUCCAGGAGAACCUGUCAAAUUGUUUCCGGGCAAAAUAGACGGCGAAAUAGUGUCACCUCGUGGAUCCAGGGAGUUUGGCUUUGAUCCUUGUUUUCUGCCUAAGGACUCAAGUUUGACUUACGGCGAAAUGACGAAAGACGAUAAAGAUAAAAUUUCGCAUCGUGUAAAAGCCUUAGCAGGUUUAGUGGAGUACCUGGGAAGUCAAAACUCAUGAUUGUUUUUUAAAUUGAAAAAAACGUGUACAUAAGGUUUCUAUUCAACUAUGCUAAACAUUUAACGUUCUUCUCUGAAUUUGUGUUGAUUUAAUAUGGCUUCAAUUGAAAACUCUAACUUAAACUGCGAGUAUAAUAAUUUCAUAAGUGACAAUGAGCGAACUGGAGAAAGGUCGUGAUGAUUUUAGGGUUAUAUCAUAAAUUGUUCUUGAAACUUAAAAAGCUUCAACGCCAAAUAUUUUUUCGUUGAGUGUUUAAGAGUAUUUAAGUUGAGUGUUUUUUG